AUGGCUUUACCCACCCGCACCGAGUUCUAUCGCGAUCAUUUGGCGCCUUGUCGCAUCCUCCCAGGCGCCCCCAAGUUCGCAGACAUCGGUAUCUGCGUUGUUUGCCAAGAGGACUUCAACGAUGCGUCAUAUGACAUGGUCGCCGUCAAAAGCUGCUCGCACGUCUUCCAUCGCAAGUGCAUCAUCCAGUGGACCGAAACCUGGGGCUCGCCCCGCGACAAAUGCCCUUCGUGUCGGGAGGCAAUGUACCAGUACACGCCAAUGACGGCCCAUGAGAUCCAGGCCAUGCAGGAAGCGCAGGCAAUCCAAGACGCUGAGAGCCGGCUAUCAGAAUUGGGGCCGUACGCUGCAGCGAGAGAAGCUGAGCGCCUCUGGUUCACGUCCAUGGGCGUUUCGGUUGAGGGUCUCGAUGACUUUGAUGACAUGGAUGAACCGACACACUUUUCCGAUGAAGACGGAGAAUGGCCCAUAUCGCCAGCAUACCCUUCGUCAACGCCGGCUGUACGAGACGAAGGAAGACAAACAAACUCGGAGGAGCCGGCACAACUGACGCAGAUGCGUGGACUCCUCUACAACGAGUUCACGAGAGUGAGAGAAGUCUCCAACGUCGCUGUUGUCCACACAGUCCAUCCAUCAUUGCCGAACACAUACCUUCCGGUAACCUACCACGGCAACAGCGAGUACCAGAUCGAGGCGGCAGUACGAGGCGCGAUUGGAUACGUCUUGUUUCCGACAAUGCCGACAACCACCCCUAUCGUACCUACCGCCUCCGUCAGCGUGGAUGCUCCGCAUUCGCGCGCAACUUCGCUGGACGAAGUAGCGCCAUUCACGCCUCAUCGCCGGUCUUCCACGGCCUCUGAGAGUACCAAUGACGACGAUCUUGAUGAUCUAUUCGAGGACGAGACUACCUGGGGCCUUGGCUUACCGCCUAUCGUGAGUCAAUCUGAGCUUCCUUCCAUCAACACUUCUGACCAAGCUUCGCAGCCGACAUCUUCACCUAUUUCCUCUCCAGACGACACCCAUAUCGCUAGCCCUCAGAAGCGCAAACGCGAUUCCGCUACCACCGACGACUCCGCCUCCUCCUCCUCCUUCCCCUCCCCGCUAUCCAAGAAGGCCAAACCCACCAAUGAAGAAACAAACAAUAAGAACCCAGGCAAAGAAUCCGAAGCCACCCGACGAUACCGCACCGCCGCCACCGCCGCAUCCUUAAAGCCAUCCACCACCAACGCCCACAAAUUCCUCGACAGCAUGCGAAAGCAGCGCUCCAUCCCUACCCCCCGCUACGUCCCCACCGGCGCCGAGCGCCGCACCGAAGUCAACGCGCUCGCAGCCAAGCACGUCCGACACGUCGCCCCCGCCAUGCUCGCCAACAACAACAGCAAUCGCGACGUCGGCGGCGCGAUGACGAAGUUCGACUGGGCUGAGACGAAGCGCCCGAUCGACCCCACGCAGAUCAAGACACCUUCACCUUCAUCCACAUCCAAAUCCACAUUCCAGAAAUGGGUUGAUGAAGAAGAUGAGCAUGUGACUUGGCUUGUUAUUCCUGCUUCACGCAAGUUUAUCAAUAUGGAGGGGAGUAUGGUGCCGGUUGUGGAUAUCGUCAACAAAUCGAUCAAGUAUCCGGAGUGGACUUUUAUGGAGGAGAUCAAAGGGCCGCAUUGGAAGACUGGGGUGGAGGUGGUUAAGGCGGUUAAGGUUAGGUUUGAGAGGUUGACGGGGGAGCAACAGAUUGAGCGGAUUGAUGGUAUGGUUAAGCAGAAGAAGGAGGAGGAUAGGCAGGCGAGGAAGGAUGAGGCUGCUAGGAGAAGGACGGAAAAGAGAGAGGAGCGGGCUAGGAAGAGGGCUGAGAGGGAUAUGUAG